GCUGCCGCGUGCAACCAAGCACUUUUUGUGUACCUCAAUCUGCGAUCACCUACCACUUCCCAAUCACCCAUCCCUGCGAACAGUACGCCCCGGCUCGACACAUCAGAACCACCUCUGUCGACCAGUCCAUCCAUCGCCGUCGCACGAUAGACACGUCCGCCACUGCCACUCCGCCUCGCGCCCUCGGCGCAACCACCCAAGCAGACCACCUACGCGGCGCCCCCCCCCUGGUUGCACACGAUGGCCGACUUUGGGCAAUAUCCCGCCAACAUGGCGCCGCAGGACGCCCUCAUCGUGCGCGAGAACACAGAGGCGGACCACGCCGUGGUGCCGUACACGGGGGAGGACCUGGCGCGACCAAAGAUGGGACCCGCGAACCCGUUCCGGGACGAGAGCAACACGGCGCACAGCAACGCCCUGGGCCUGAAGCGGAAAAACGUGCUCACGGGCACCGCGGAGGAGACCUUUGUCAGCGAGCACACGUUCCGCAGCAAGCACCGCGCGAUAGAACGCCGGGGCGGGCCGGAGCGGGUACACCAGUCGGGCUCGGAGAUCAAGAACGAGGCGGCGAGCCUGCGCAAGACGAGGGAGGGCAAGGGCAACGCGCUCGUCGCGGACGGCGAUGGCGCGUAUGUGGGGCCCUGGGCAAAGUACAAGCGCGAGGAGUACGAGGAGGUGGACGAGGAGGACAUUGGGAGCGACGAGGAGGUCGAGUACGUCUACGAGGACGAGGACGAGCGCGCGGAUGUCGUGGCCAGCGGCACCGUCGUUUCGGCGCCCGCGGGCGCGAUCGAACACCGCCGCGAGGUCGAGGCGCUGGGCGACGAGACGACGACUUUCCACGGCGACGAGAUGUACGACUACCAGGGCCGGACGUACAUGCACAUCCCGCAGGACCUGGACAUUGAUCUGCGCAAGGAGCCGGGCGAGGUCACCAACUUCAUCCCGAAGAAGCUUGUGCAUACGUGGAAGAACCAUGGGGGCAAGGCGGUCACGGCGCUGCGGUUCUUCCCCAAGGCGGGACACCUGCUGUUGUCGUCUGGCGCGGACUGCACGGUCAAGAUCUGGGAUGUAUAUCACAGCCGGCAGCUUCUGCGGACGUUCUCGGGUCACAGCAAGGCUGUGUCCGACAUCUCGUUCAAUCUCGACGGCACCAAGUUCGUGUCGUCGUCAUUCGAUCGGCAGAUGAAGCUCUGGGAUACCGAAACGGGCGUGUGCGUGAGCAAGUUCAGCACCGGCAAGACACCGCACUGUCUCCAGUUCUACCCGGGCGAGGAGCACUCGCACGAGUUCCUGGCGGGCAUGUCGGACAAGAAGAUUGUGCAGUUCGACACGCGCACGCGCGAGCAGGUCCAGGAGUAUGACCAGCACCUCAACGCCAUCAACACCAUCACGUUUGUGGACCAGAACCGCCGCUUCAUGACCACCUCGGACGACAAGUCCCUGCGCGCGUGGGACUACGGCAUCCCCGUGCCCAUCAAGUACAUUGCCGAGCCGUACAUGUACCCGAUGACGCGCGCCGCGCCGCACCCGAGCGGCAAGUACGUCGCGUUCCAGUCGUCCGACAACCAGAUUGUCGUGUACGGCGCGACCGACAAGUUCCGGCAGAACCGCAAGAAGGCGUACCGCGGCCACAACAACGCGGGCACCGCCAUCGACAUCUCCAUUUCCCCCGACGGCCAGUUCCUCGCCUCCGGCGACACCGCGGGCUUUGUGUGCUUCUGGGACUGGAAGACGUGCAAGAUGUACCACAAGCUGCCCGCGGGGGAUAGCGCGAUCAGCUGCGUCCAGUGGCAUCCGCAGGAGACGUCCAAGGUUGCUGCGGCGGGCGCGGAUGGUGUGAUUCGGUACUGGGACUAGAGAUUGGGGCCAGGGAUCGAGGGGGAAGAGGACCAGCAAAAGGCAUGGAUUGGGUUGGGGAGGCAUGAGCGUAAAAGAAAGUAUGAGUGUAUCUGUGUUUGAUGGCAUAUCCCGGCGUUACUGGCGCGUUAUUGGUUAGGAUAAUUCACCUCAUGGACCGCAUUUUUGUGUGAUUUGAAUCUUGGCU